UCGCUCUCUCGCUCUCUCUCCACUCUCUCAGGGUCACAGAGAAUCAGUGACAACGAGUUCUCUGAUUACGACGGUGAAGACGGGAUUGGUGUUAUCUCAGAUUACCGGCACAAUGGCAGGGAUUUCCAGAGCUCCACUCUGUCUGUCCCGGAGCAGGUGAUAUCGUCCAAUCACUGUUCCCGAUCGGACGUGACCCGCACACGCUCACGCUCACCCAGCGUCCCUCCACCACAAAGUCGAAGUUUAGACCACGGUGUGAGAGGAGGACCCUCUCAGUACGGCCCCCGACAUCGCCUGUCUGAAGACAGAUACUCACCAGACAGCCAGUAUCUUACCCUCCCUCCUCGAACCAGACACAGACAGCCAAGCGUCGACCCCGCUAUCCAGGACCCCAGUAUGCACCCCCUCUAUCGGGAGGACGCGGUCAGGUUACUGCGCUCCACUAGGAUGGCCCGUGCCUUCUCAGACGGGGCUUACAAUAGCGUGGACAGGAGGAUGAGGAGAGAUAGACAAAUGUCUGCCUACAGUGACUCAUUUGAAUCUCCUGAGAGAUAUUACAAUGGGCCCAAUCAUGUAUCUACUCCAUGGCCCAAUCAUGUCAUGAAUGGAACCAGUGCAGACUACAGGUAUAGCCGCAGCAUGGUGGACAGACAUGACCAUUACAGGUCCAGGUCAGCUGACCAGCGGCCCAUGAUGGAGCGACCGGUCUACACACGCUCCCGCUCGUCCGAGCGGCCCGACUCUGGCUACAUGAGAUCCAUGCCGUCCUUACCGUCAGGGAGAUCCGCCCCUCCCUCUCCUGCCUUAACGAGGGCAAACAUCCGAACGGGCUCGGUCCAAACAAGUCCCAGCAGCACGCCAGUAUCAAGUCGAAGAGGUCGGCAGCUACCGCAAGUCCCACCAAAGAGCUCUAUGGACAGAAAAGAUGGCGAGGGCAUUACUGAGCCUUAUGAAGUGGUGGGAGGGGCUUCACACCCCCUGGCCCCGCCCCCUCCACCUCCUCAAGCCACACAAGCAAUGGCUGCAUAUGAUCCUCCUCCUCCUCCUCCGCCCGCUGCUGCUCCAUCAUCAGCCUCACCGCUUAUCCAGCAGGCUUCUGUGCCAGAAUCCCAGGAAAAGCCUGUAGCUCCCCCAGCUGUCAAUGGGAGGAAAGAGGUCACAUGGGAGGACCAGCAGAAGAAAGCUCCUGCUGUAGUGUCAGAGUCAACAGUGUCAGAGAGUGAAGAUGCAGGCACUUUGAAGGAUCCAUCAAGGCGUGGGAUGGACAGUCUCUCCAUGAGGUCGUCAGACAGUGAUGUAAGCGACGUGUCCGCUUUGUCGAGCGCGUCUCGUCUUAGCAGCACGAGCUACAUGUCUGUCCAGUCAGAAAGGGUGCGAGUGAGCCGCAGGAUCAGCCGUGCGGAGGCUCUUCAGAGUCAGGGAGAGGAGGGCUCUGUCUCUGUGGAAGAGCAGGUGGAAGCCACUACAGCGAGCGCACGGGGGGCGGGGCAUGAUGGGGAAGUGGGCGGGGCUACUGUCAACCCAGAGGAAGAGGAAGAACAGGAGGAGAAACACAGGGCUCAGACGGCCACCCCGGGGUCCAACAUCACCAAGAGCUCCAGUGUGGGUGGAGACAUGUGCUCGCUGGGCAGGAACGACGACGAGGACGACGACAAGAAGAGGGGCUCCAGCUUCGGAGCCAAGAUGGCUGCCAUGGUGGGACUGGGGAAGAAGAGUCAAAGCACCUCCCAGCUGGACCCAGAGGAGGAGGGUAAGAAGAAGAAGCCGGUGCGUCUGGCGAUCCAACGGAGUGUAGAGACUGGUUUAGCUGUCGAGAUGAAGAGCAGGAUGACACGGCAGCCCAGCCGUGAGACCACAGAUGAUGGCGAUAAGGUGAAGCCUGGAAAUCUAAUCUUCCCUGGAGUGAAGAUCUCUUCAGACAGCCAGUUCACUGAGUUUUUGGAUGGUCUUGGCCCCGCCCAGCUGGCAGGGAGACAGACAUUGGCCACGCCUCCAAUGGGUGACAUCCAGAUUGGUAUGGUGCACAGGAAGGAGAGGCUGGAUGUUGAAGUUAUUCGGGCUCGAGGCCUGGUGGGCAAACCAGGGAACAAACAGACGCCAGCACCUUAUGUAAAAGUAUAUCUGCUGGACAAUGGGAAGUGCAUCAACAAAAAGAAAACACGGACGGCGAGAAAAACACUGGAUCCUCUUUAUCAACAGCAGCUUCAGUUUGAGGAGAAUCCUGAAGGAAAGGUUUUACAGAUAAUUGUUUGGGGGGACUAUGGACGCAUGGACCACAAAUCCUUCAUGGGAGCUGCCCAGAUCCUGUUAGACGAUUUAGAGCUGACCAACAUGGUGAUUGGCUGGUACAAGCUCUUCCCUCCCACCUCAUUAGUGGACCCAACCUUGGCACCUUUAAGUAGUAAACCUCCAGAUUCAGGCCUGGACAGUUCCAACGUUCGGUCGUAGCGGCACGAGGAGGUGAGCGGUAGAGAGCGGCGUGAGUAGCUUCAGCUACAGACAGAGAGGAGACGGGUCACGUCCUGGUUACACUGCAUGCUUGAUGUUGUGUCCUCUGAGCCCAUGCGACAAGAGGCUAAGAAAAGGCCUACGUCCUUCUGCCAAAAAAAUAACCGAAAAGAAAAUGUAUGCUGCUGUCACACGCAGGGAAAGAACGACAGAGGAAGUCUCUCCGUUCCGCUGAAGAGAUGCAGCCAGGGAUUCAGAGGAGUCUGACUCUUAACUGUAGGACGUUAAGAGUGCUGAUUUCCACCAGAAUAGGAAGACGCCGUUUUACUCUGGAUGUUUUCUCUUUGUUGAAUUCAAAGAGAUGUCAGUGUUUCUUAUCUAGAACUUGAUGCAUUGUAGCCAUUACUGUAAGCCAAGCUGUCAAAAGAAGAUCCAUAAAGAGAGAAGCACUUGGCUAAGAUGGGACAGGAAAGGGUAGCCUGAGAGAUGACAUUCUCAUGGGAAUGACCCUACAUCAAGCCAGAUCUCCACUGGAUCGCUCUUCAAGGUUCGGUGAUGAGGAAAUGGAUAUGGCCAGAGUUCCUGUUCGAUUCAGGAAACAACAGAAUUCUGAGAAGAAAAAAUAAUUAAAUUAAAUAAUUAAAUAAUGGACCUUUUUGUGCUCCGGUAUGAUGUUCUCUUUGUUGAUGUACUGUAUGAAAUUUAUGAGAUUAUUUUUUUUUUCUUUUUUUUUUUGCAUGGAUGCA